AUGGACGACGAUGACGAGGUCUACGACGAGGUGACCGAGGAAGAGUACCAGGAGCUUGUCCGCAAGAGGCAGCAGGCGGACGACUUUGUCGUCGACGACGACGGCCUUGGCUACGCCGACGACGGCGAGGAGUUCAUAGAGAAGGCCGACGGCUCGGAGGGAACGGCGGGAAGGGGGAACAAGGGAGGGGGCAGGAAGGGGGUGCAUGGAAAGAUCAACGCGGAUUCGCUUCGGCGCAAGGCUCGGAAGCUCAAUCAGCUCGGAGAUGAAGCGUCCCAGGCCGGGGGGGGCAUCAAGAAGUUCCUCCGGACCGGCGGCGGUAGCACCGUCGGGCCCUCUGCUCUUUCCCGCAACUCCUCUGCUGCGCCCGGAGCCCGCCGUGGGGGCGGUGCCGGCGCCGGCGGUGCCCUCAACCUGGACGACAUGCUGAGCGACCUAACGUCCAACCCCAUCGCCGACCUCGCCCCGGGCAACGGCAACAGCAGCAGCGGCGGCCCGUCGUCAUCCUCGUCGUCAGGGAUGCCCCUAUCCAAGCGGAAGCGGGGGCUGGUUACGCCGCAGAGCGCGCGCUCCCGCCGCUCCUACGGCAGCACCGCCUCCCGCGGCAGCAGUGCCGCCGGCGGCGGCAGCGCCAGCAGGCGCCCCCCGGUGCCCUCCGCCUGGACCGUCCGAGACUAUGAGGACGAACCGGGACCAAGCGGGGACGGCGGCGACUAUGUCGGCGGGUUCGAGCAUUUCGGCGGAGAAGAAGACGCCGGUGAAGGUGACGCUGCCGUGGAGGAUGCCUCGGACAGCGUUGUGGCUGCAGCGGCGGAAAUUGACGCCGCAGACGCCGCUAGUGACGGUGCUGCCGCUACCGCUGCUGCUGGAGGCCAGGAGAAAAAGGAACUCGCGGCGGUGGUCUCGCCCGAACCGCCCGCAACGGCGGCAGCGACGGCUCCGGCCCCCGCUGCCGCCGCUAAGCCCCGGUCGAGGUUCGCCAGGAUGAAGGAGACCAACGACAUCGCGGUGACCGCCGCCGCGGAGGCAGCCCUGCGCCCCAAGACCGUCGAGGAGAAACCGGCGGCGGCUGCCGGAAAGGACGGCGAGGGGAAGGGAAGCUACAUGCCAAGCCUGGAGUUCCAGGGGCCGCAGUACUCGCUAAGCGAGGCGCCCUCGACGCCCGCCGGUUCGGUCGCGAGCGCCUCGUCCUGGCUGCAGAAGGACGAGACCGGGGAGUUCAUGCGCAUGUUCUGGCUCGACGCCACGGAGCAGAACGGCACGAUCUACCUCAUCGGCAAAGUGGCGGUGCCGUCAUCGUCGUCGUCGGGUUCGGCUUCGCCCCAAGGCGACUCCGGUGCCGCGGGCACCACGUUCCUCUCCGCUUGCGUCGCCGUCCACAGCAUCGAGCGGGAGGUGCUCGUCCUGCCGAGGCUGGUCGAGAAGGACGGUGAAGACAGUGACGGCGACGAAGGCGCUGGUGGCGGGGGCGGUAGCGCCAAGAGAGCCGACAUCGGCGCCGUCUACCAGGAGAUGGCCUCCGUGCUGGUGCCCAGGGUGAUCAAGCGCAACGCAAAGGGGGAGCAGUUCAGGCGCGUUGUUCCUUCCUGUCCCUCCUUGUGGUGUAAGCCGGUGAUGCGCAAGUACGCGUUCGGCGACCUGUCCGUUCCUCGAGAGGAGACGCAGUACCUCAAGAUCAAGUACCCGGCUGGCUACCCGGCGCUGCCGGAGGACGUUUGCGAGUCCGGGGGUAAGACCUUCCAGGCCAUCUUUGGCGCUCGCACGCCCCUCAUCGAGUCCUUCCUCAUCAAGAGGAAGCUCAUGGGCCCUUGCUGGAUCACAGUGCGCAACCCCAAGGUGAACAACGCGCCGGUGAGCUGGUGCAAGGUGGAGGUCGCCGCACAGUCCCCCAAGUCCAUCACCCGCCUCCUGGCAGAAGAGGUGGGCGCCCCAGCAGCGGCAGCGGCAGCGGCAACGGCAGGGGAUGCGGCAUCCCCUUCUUCCGCCUCCAAGCCUACGGCCGACACCAGCGCGGGUAAGCUUCCCCCUCCGCCCCCCGUGGUGACCAUGUCCCUGUCCAUGAAGACGGUCGUCAGCCCCCGCACGCACACACACGAAGUGGUGGCGCUGUCGGCGCUGGUGCACCGGGAGGUGCGGCUUGACGGCGCCUCGGACGAGAGCGGGAAGAAGAUGGGCGCUUGGCUUGGCAUCCGCCCUCUCGGACAGUCGGCCGGCGAGGAGUACCCCAAGGUCUUCCCGCACGACAUCAAACAUCAGGUCAAGGCGGCCGAGGCCAACGCGAGGCGGGCCGGGCGUGGCUCCGGCGUGCCCAUCCAGACCAUGCCCAACGAGCGGGCGCUGCUGUCUCUCUUCUUCCAGAAGCUGCAGCAGGAGGACCCCGACGUGUUGGUGGCCCACAACCUCAUGGGCUUCGACUUUGACAUCCUUCUUAACCGCGCGGUGCACCUCAAGCUGGCCACCUGGUCCAAGAUCGGUCGCCUAAGGCGCAAUACGCCGCCCAGGGUCUACUCCUCUUCCCACGGCAUGAAGGGCGCCGUGGGCAGCUACAACGCCAACGUGGCGGCGGGGCGGUUGCUCUGCGACACGUACUUGAGCGCCAAGGAGUUCCUCAGGGAGACCACCUACAGCCUGACGCACCUCGCCGGGGCGCAGCUGAAGGCCUCUCGCAACGCGGUAGACCCGGCGGACGUGCCCCGCUUCUUCGGCAGCGCCCAAGACAUCGUGCAGCUCGCCCUUCACACGGCCAACGACGCAAGCCUUGUGCAGAGGCUCAUGUUCAAGCUCCAGGUGAUCCCGCUCAGCUGCCAGCUCACCGCCCUCAGCGGCAACCUGUGGGCUCGCACCAUGCGAGGGGGUCGCGCGGAACGGAUCGAGUACCUCCUCCUGCAUGAGUUCCACAAUAGGAAGUACCUCACUCCCGAAAAGGUUAGCUACGGGUCCAACAAGGAGGGCGGCGGUGGGGGCAAGAAGAAGAAAAACGCUCCCAAGGGGGACGGCGGCGGCGGCGAGGACGGCGACGAUGAGAAGCGGGCAAACAACGGCGGCGGCGCUCGUAGCAAGAAGGCGGCCUACGCCGGAGGUCUGGUGCUCGAGCCGAAGAAGGGGCUGUACGACGAGUACAUCCUCCUGCUCGACUUCAACAGCCUGUACCCUUCCCUUAUUCAGGAGUACAACCUCUGCUUCACCACGAUGAACUGGGCGGCGGGCGACAUGUCUACCCCUGCCCAGGGAGGAGAAGACGACAUGGACGAGGAUGGUGGCGCCGCCGCCUCCGCCGGCCCCAAGCUCCCCGACCUGCCCGCCGAGGGCAUGGACAUCGGGGUGCUCCCGAGGGUCAUCCGCACCCUCGUCGAACGGCGGUCGGUGGUGAAGAAGAUGCUCAAGAAGGAGAAGGACCCUUCCCGCAAGCAGGAGCUGGACAUCAGGCAGAAGGCUUUGAAACUCACAGCCAACUCCAUGUACGGCUGCCUCGGAUUCUCCUUCAGCCGGUUCUACGCCAAGCCCAUCGCGGCGUUGGUGACGGCCCAGGGGAGAGAGAGCCUCCAGCGGACGGUCGACCUGUCGGAGAACCAGCUGGGGCUAGAGGUCAUCUACGGAGACACGGACAGCGUCAUGAUUAACACCCACAGCACCGACCUCAAGCAGGUGAAAGACAUCGGCAACCAGGUGAAGCGCGAGGUGAACAAGCUGUACAAGAGCCUCGAGCUCGACCUGGACGGGGUCUUUAAGAGCAUGCUGCUGCUCAAGAAGAAGAAGUACGCCGCCCUCGUCGUCGUCGAGCACCCCGACGGGAGCAUCACCUACGAGAAGGAGAUGAAGGGCCUGGACCUGGUGCGACGCGAGUGGUGCACCCUCAGCAAGGACACGGGGAAAUUUGUGCUGGACAGGGUGUUGUCGGGGGAGGCUCGCGAGACCGUCGUAGCUGGCAUCCACGACCACCUGGAGGCGCUGGCGGCGUCGAUGAGGGCCGGGGAGGUGGAGGUGCCGCGGUACGUCAUCACCAAGGGGCUCAAUAAGGCCCCCCACGAGUACCCGGACGCCAAGAGCCAGCCGCACGUGCAGGUGGCUUUGGCGAUGAUGAAGGCCGGCAAGUCCGUCAACGUCGGGCACCACAUCCCCUACGUGAUGUGCAAGAUCGAGGGAGCGACGUCCCCCGCCGAGAGGGCGAGGCACCCGGACGAUGUCCUCCGCAGCGGCGGAAAGCUCGAGGUCGACGUGGAGUGGUACCUGAACCAGCAGAUCGUGCCGCCCGUGAGCCGUCUGUGCGAACCCAUCGAGGGCACUUCCAUGGCCGUGCUGGCGGAGAAGAUGGGCCUCGACGCCACCAAGUUUACUUCACACGCGAACGCCGCCAGAGGAGACGACAGCGACGACUGGGCCUUCACGCCCACUUCCAAGCUGCCCGACGCGGAGCGCUUCCGAGGGGUGGAGCCCCUGAAGAUGACCUGCCGCGCGUGCCACGAGCAGGCGGAAUUCCAGGGGGUGUUCUCGUGGGACCGGAAGAAGGCCGUCAGCGGACCGGCCGACCUGAGGCCGGGGCUCAUGUGCCCCAACCCAGCGUGUGGCGCGCACUACUGGGGGGCCGGUAGCGAGGCGGCCUGCGUGAGCACCCUGUACCAAAGGCUGACCCUCGCCGUAAGAAGGCACUUGAAGGUCUACUACCAGACACGCCUUCGUUGCGAUGACAGCUCCUGUGGGCUGCGCACCCGGAGCAUGGGAGUGAUGGGCGUGGCCUGUCCUGCCAAGGGGUGCCAGGGACGCCUGGUGCAGGAGUACCCGGACAAGGCUCUGUAUGACCAACUCAAGUACUUCGAGACCCUUUUCGACGUCGACCGCGCGCAGACGAAGGUGUCGGAGCUAUUCAACUUCAAGGAGACCGACCUCCCCGUGUCUCCCGAGCACCGCCAGAUCCUCUCCCUAGUGGGCCGCCGCAUCCAGGACGACGUGCAGAGCAGCGGGUAUAACUGGAUCCGACCCAGCCUCUGGUCCUCGGUCUUCACGUCUCACGCGCUGCCUCGCGCGAUCAAGUCCUCCUGAUUUCUUCGCUUUCCGUCAUGUCGAAGAUAGUUCGCCGAUCUCUUUUCUUGUAGAUAAAAAGAGCACGUGGCGUAGCAGCGCGGUGUUUCGGGUUCAUUUCUUGUCUUGUGCCAGCGAGAGAGGAAGUGGCGGAUACACAUGUUUAGAGCGGGAAGAAUGCAGCAGCACGUUUUUGCCAUCGUUUUGCAGGUGGAAUUUCAGCAGUCAACGCGGGUGAUGCGAGGUUUGGGGCGCUUGCCGCUGUUUCCACAUCCACUCUCUUGUGCUCGUUGUAAGUGUGGGACGGCGGUGAUUUCCUCGUGCCCCUCCUUUUCGUAUUUUACUCGUUGGGUUGGUCUCGAGUGUUUAUACGUUUUCAUUGCUGGCGGGGCUGUUGCCCCCCCCCCCCCAACCCCACGAGUCAUGGCCGUAAGAAUUAGUCGAUAUCAUUUGUACAAUAAUAUGAGAGGAACAAACUUACUCGGCUCUAGAGAUGAGACCACAGCAGCCUACAGGUUCAUGUGCUUUUUUGUGCCCUUCGGAUGCUUUCGGAAAGGCGUUUGCUUUUGUUGAAAGUGUUCAC